GAAUAGGUGUAAUUGUAAUGUUUCAUAAUUCCAGAGUUGUCAGAAGUUUUCCUUCCUCGCGAUUCUCCCCUGUCAAAAUCCCCCAAAAAUGAAACCCUAAUUCAGCAAAUUAACGACACUCAAAUCCCGAGUAUUGUUUGGCUCCUAAUUCAGAUCCAUCCUUUUCUUAAUUGUACAAACAAAUGGAUGGGAACAAAGACGACGCUUUGAAAUGCUUGAAGAUAGGUAAGGACGCACUGCAAUCAGGUGAUACAACUCGUGCUUUAAAGUUCAUCACCAAAGCUCGCCGCCUCGAUCCUAGUCUCCCCGUCGACGAUCUCUUAUCGUCAAUAGAGAAGGAUUCGACUUCCGAUCAAACUUCUGCGACUACUAAUGGGCCCACGAGCACGACCAAUGAAUCUAAAGUUCGUCAGCGGGUUCCCUCAACUGGGCCGUCUUCAUCUGCCUCUGCUACCGCCUCAUCAUCCUCAGCCACCUAUACCGAGGAGCAAAUCACGAUCGUGAGGCAAAUCAAGAAGAAGAAAGAUUACUAUGAAAUUUUGGGAUUGGAGAAAACUUGCUCUGUUGAAGAUGUUCGAAAAGCUUAUCGGAAAUUGUCCCUUAAAGUUCAUCCUGAUAAGAACAAGGCUCCCGGAGCUGAAGAAGCUUUUAAAGCUGUCUCCAAGGCAUUCCAGUGUUUUAGCAAUGAAGAAAGCCGGAAGAAGUAUGAUCUGACUGGAAGCGACGAGCCUGUUUAUGAGAGACGUGCUUCGAGGCAUCAUGGAGGGCAGGGAGGAUUUAAUGGGUAUUAUGAUGAUUUUGAUCCGGACGAGAUUUUCAGGCAAUUCUUCUUUGGAGGAAUGCCCCCUGCAACCACCCAGUUUAGAAGUUUCAAUUUUGGGGGAGGCAUGGGCCCGAGAACAGGUGAUAAUGCAUCUGGGUUUAAUAUGCGUGCAUUGAUUCAGUUGCUGCCUGUCCUCGUCAUCUUGCUUUUGAACUUUUUGCCGUCUUCAGAGCCACUUUAUUCGCUCUCCAGGUCAUAUCCUUAUGAGUACAGGUUUACCACUCAGAAGGGGGUUAAUUUUUAUGUGAAGAGCACCAAAUUUGAGCAGGAUUAUCCACACGGUAGCCAGCAAAGGGCUACUCUGGAAGGGAAAGUGGAGAGGGAUUAUAUGUCUGUUCUUGCACAGAAUUGCAGGUUUGAGUUGCAGAGGCAGCAGUGGGGUUUUAUACGGGAGACUCCUCACUGUGAAAUGUUGCAGCAGUUUCAGUCUGGUGCAUCAGCAGCCUGAUGAAUUGGAAUUGAGAUGCUCGUCUGGUACAACUGGUUCAAAUAUAAUUUUAAAGAGUACAUGGAGCAUUGGAAUUUAUGGAGAAAAUGAAGGAUAAUAGUUGUGAUUUUUCAGAUUCAAAAUACUAUCAAAUCUGGAUCUUCUGUAUACCUUUCUCCCCUUUUACAUGUGGUGCUACGGACUUCUGGCCUCUUGUACAUGCUUAAUGAGUCUUCCUUAGAAUAGCUUGUGUUCUAACUUGAGUUUACUUUGUGGUGAGAAAAUGUUUUGAGUUCCGGCUGAAUUGUUGAAAUAGCAGCUUCAUUACACCAUUUGUGUUAGGGUACACGUUUAUCCACUUCAUUCUGUGAUACCUUCUACUCUUUUGAAUCCAUGAUGUUUUCAGAUUACCUUACUGUAGAAUAUUUAUUAUUUUAUUUCUAUUUAUAUGCUGAUGUUGGCCAUACCUAGCUGCUAUAGAGGUUCUGCUGUGAAGAUAUUUGGCAGGAUUUGGAUUUUUAUUUAUGGGUUAUUCAUGGAUCAUGGUGGCAACUACUUGUAUUGGUUCGUUGCUUAAUUUGAUGGAAAUAACAAAGUUACAUUCACUUCUUAUUUUA